GGAUCCUUUUCCGGAAAAUUUUCAACAUGUAUUUUUUACGCAGACUGUGCGAUUGAAAAUUAGCAAGUACGACAUUGUGCGAACAUAUAACGUAGCAACUCGAUCGAAAGAGAGCUUCACGGAAGAUUUCGAAGUUUCCGAGGGAAGAAUCGAAACACGUUGCUACACGUUACUGCGCUGAAGUUUGAACCGAUAGCUAACGAUGUAAAACAUAAGAAUAGGACAGCGUCAAGCAUAUCUCCGUCCAGCAUUGAACGUUGAUUAGAGACCGGGAGAGGGUUGCGCAGAGAGAGAGAGAGAGAGAGAGAAUUCAGCUGCAACUUCCAUCCGCAGUAAGUUCUCGAAGUCAUCACAUAACGUACCGUAAUCAGACUCCCCACCAAGCCGAAAUCGGUUCGACAUAAAUAGCGGCCGCGACGACCCCCGCAGCAGUUGUAAAAACUAAGCCCCGAGCGAGUGUAACGAGAGUACCUUUUUAUCCGCCUGUGUAUUAGCAAGGCAAGAAAGUCGAUUACUUUCCUAAGCGAGAAGACAGAGAGAGAGAGAGAGAGAGAGAGAACCAUGUAUCUACUACCGUUGCUGUUGUCGGCCUGGUGGACUGAUCGUCCCCAUCAUCGUAUGAUGGAUCAGAAUCUCGCCUUCGCAGGCUUCAACCCUGGCGAGUCUAUCCUCUCGCGUCCUUUCGACCGUUAUUAUCCGAGCUUGCGAGAUCAAACGGUUUUGGACUUUUACUACCGGCCCUGGAUGGAUGUGACGCGUCGCAAGGACGGCGCCGCCAUGAUGGGCAUUGCCUCCGACAAUGACAACUUUAAGGUCAUUAUUGACGUACGGCAGUUCAAGCCAGAGGAAAUUACCGUCAAGGUGGUUGGUCGUUGCAUUGUUGUCGAAGCCAAGCACGAGGAGAAGCCAGACGAGCACGGGAGCAUUUCGCGUCAGUUUCUGAGGAAGUACCUGCUGCCGGAUCGAGCGAAUCUCGACCAGGUAUCAUCGACCAUAUCCUCAGAUGGUAUACUGAUUAUCACGGCGCCGCUGAAGAAGGAACCUGAGAAGCCGAAGGUGAUCAAGAUUCAGCAGACUGGCCAGCCGGCACUUCGCACGGGCGAUGGCGAAGCGACCGAAGCGACCACGUCCAGCACCGGGAAGACCGUCGAGAACGAAAUCAGGGAGGAGUUGACGACGCGGGGCCAGGAGGAGGGAACCAAGCCCGAGAAGUAGUGGACUCGAUCACACACGCAUUCAUACUUUAUUGUCGUUCAUACGGUACUGCCUUACAGAGUUUUCUUGAUGUUUCCUUGAGUCGUUCGAUCGCAACGAUGUUCAAUAACACAUUCUUUUGAAUGCGAUCGAGAAUUGUAAUCACUACGUAUUGAGGCUGUUACACCGAGCUUUGUAAUACAUCGCUCUCGUCGUUGGCUGAUAACCAAGUGUUUCGGAAGCUCCCCUUGCGUAUUCUUUGGAUUAUACGUAUCUUUUAUCUUCGAGAGCAAUGUUUCCUUCGCGAUCGCGGGAUCAUUGUUCGCGUAAUACAUUCAGUUAACUAGAUUUAUACUCGUGAGCGAGAAAUUUUCACGCGAUACUCCUUUGUAUUCGACUCUAUAUCUCCGCAUCCACCGUAAUUUAAUAAAUAUUUCAUAGCGUUUGUAUUGAUGUUUAAAUAAAAAGUAAGUGUUAUUCUCAAACUUAUUUUUUAUCAUCCUUUAUUACCUUUACG